UGCUCAUCCAGUUUGAUGAGCAGAACCAAGCGAUCAGGACGAUGUGGGGCCUGUGCUUGCUUUGUGCGCUCGCGGGGCUCACACCUGUCCACGCCGCCCCCGUCAAGACGGCGGGCAGGACGGAGGACGUCAACGUGCUCAUGUUCGGCGUCAUUCAGUUCGGCGAGUCCCUCAACUACGUCUUCGAAACCACCGAGGCCAAGAUAGCUAGGAUCGGCAAAACUCUGAAUGGCCACGAGGGUGCGCUGAGGCGGCUCGGGGAGCAGACCGAGCGGGCGGCGGAGGUGGAGAAGCAGAUCAAGGAAGUGAUAGCGCUGCUGCAGGACCAGAUUAGCAAGCAGCAAGCUGAAACCAAGAUGACAGAAGGUCAGCUGGCCCACAUUCAGCAAGAAGAGAUGGCGCUUUGGACCAAAGUAAGAAGACUGGAGACAUAUGUGAAGAGCACGUCACCCACCAGCAUCAAGGAUCUGCAGGAGAGAACUGCCUUGAAUGCCAGUAUCUUGACAGGUCUGCAGCAUUUGAUGCAGUUUCAAAAACAGAAAAUGGAGAAGCACAACCGACAGAUCUUAACAUUGCAGAAGAUGAGUGAAGCUUUAUGAAGUAAGCCACACAAUGAACAUUGUCAGCACUGGACCCUCCAAGCACUCCCUUUCACCUGUGCAAUGCUGCACACAGCACAUUGUUCUUUAUUUGCCUUGAUGCAACUUACACUACAGCCCUUUCUCCUGCAACACAUCUGUAGUGCCUCUCUUAAGCAUUAUUUUUCAACAUUUAAUUAUCAAAUCUUAUUUCAUUAUGACACAACAUAUCUUGUUAUUUCGGCAUGUUUUGUAUUUACAGUACAUAUUGUACAUCUUUGUAAUUAAAGGCCUGAAUAAGCUUUCCUUCACACAGACUAAAGAACUAAAUCAGGGGUCGGCAACCUUUACCUCUCAAAGAGCCAUUUGGACCCGUUUCACAAACCAAAGAAAACAAUGGGAGCCACAAAACUCUUUUGAAAUUUAAAAUGAAAUAACACUGUCUAAUCACCCUCUUAUUCCCACAAUUUCUCCUUUUUUUCUCUUUCUAUCCCCUCCUUGUUUUGGCCCGGCUGCACCAAAUGAUAAUAUUUAUACAUUUAAUAAAGUCAAAUUUAAAUAAGACAACAAGAGAAGUAUCCUACACUUCUCUUUUGUAAAGUAAAUGUGACCAGCCGAUAUGGGCAUCUACAUCUACAUCUACAUCUACAUCAACUAUAUGAUUUGCCUGAGAAGCUGGACAGGACAAAAAUAAAAUAAAAUAAACAACACUUCAUAUAAAGUUGUUUUUUUGCUUUGUGCUAUGUAUAAACAAACUAUUAUGGGUUACAUUUAUGAAACCAAUGAACGACUGCAGAGAAAAUGAAAUAACAUUUCUGCAUCCAACAAAAUGUUUUUAACUCCGAAAAAGAGGUCGGGUUGAAGGUUAAGUAAAAUACUUCAUGUCUAUUUAAGUCCUCCUUGUAGUAAAGAAAAAAACUAAACGCCGAACUUAAAUGACCCCCUGGCAGAGAACCAAAAAUGCCGUCCUCUCUCUCUGUGCUGUCAUCCUUUUACUGGCGCCGUGCAGUCAGCUGCCAACUUAAAUAAUAAAAUGUCUGUUUCACUGAACAAUGACAAAAUGUGAAUAUAUGCAAAAUUAUAGGAAAUUAGAAUAUUGAUCAUACUUGGUCAAUGUGAUUUCUGCUCCUGAACCACAGCCCACAGCGUCUCCACAUCGUCACCUUUAUCUUCACACAGGAUUGUAAAGUCUCAUCUGGGAGGCGUGUGCCAUGUUUGUUUUUAAUAAAGUUCAUGUUGGAGAACACCUGCUCACAUGCAUAUGUGGAUCCAAAGAUCGCCAGGACUCCAAGUGCAUACUUUUUCAUGUCCACAUAAGAGUCUAGCGUUCCGAGUUUGUCUGGUUUGGGGAGCUUUUCAAUAUCACACCAUUUGUGAUUCUGAGCAAGAACGGCCUUCUGGCGUGAAACAUCUUCAAGGUCUGCUGUUAGGCGCUUUAACUUGGUCACCCGCUUGUCUUUGUCGGCGUGUCCGUCCUGCAGCAGCUGGCGGCUGGAUGUGGGCGUGUCCCAAGGUUUGACAAGCAGAGUGCAAGCAUGAGGGCAUUGUAGCCGUGACAAGCUGAGCCGCAUCAGAGUGAUCAAAGAGCUGCAUGCAACUGUGGAGCCGCGGGUUGCCCACCCCUGAACUAA